ACAGAGUGUGUGGUAUCAGAAAAAACGCCAUAUUUAAUCAACAUUAUUUAGUUAAUCGUACGGGCACGGACCGAUAUGGAAACACAACUACUUUCAGAGGCUACCACAGAGCCCUGGGUUUCAAUUUUAAUUUUGACAAUCCGUAGAAAAAUGUCAAAUUAAAAACAACAAAGAUGGUAGAUUUUUUGCUCGGUGUGCUAUCAGGGACUGGAAGUAUAUGUUUUGAAUACUUUUAUAAAAGUAUUUAAAAAAAAGGAGAUAAAUAUGUUACCCAAACAAGCACCUCGAUUUCACUUUAUGUACAUAAACCUUUCAAAUAUGAAGUUUCAACAAAAACUAUUAAGCUUAAAAACAGAUUCAGUAAAACUAGAGAGUCAUGUUUUACCCGAGUUACCUAUGAUUUGGAGUAAAAGCACCUCAUAUUUAUGUGAAAAUGUAGCAAAGGAUAUUUUCAGGGAGGUUAUCAAUAAACCAUUGACAAAAAAGUCAGGAAUUGAAGAAGAACUCUAUGUUUAUCCACAUGUCCUAAGAAGAGUUAAUGCAAUGUCAUACAAAUUUGAUACAAAGAGCAACCAGAUUCAACAUUUUGUUCUCAAACAAAAAGAAACUCGGGAGGUUAACCACACAAUGUUACCAAUGACUUUUCAAAGCACUCAAUUACUUUCUAAGCAAAAUGCUUUACCUUACAGCAAUAGGCAUAAUGUGAAAGAUAAUAACCUUCCAUCUGAUGAACAACUGGAUGAAAUGAUGCUGUAUUUUCAACAACAGGCACAUUGUCUUUUCAAGCCUACUGGUUGGUCAUACCGCAAAUGUAGUUAUAAGAUAUUAUUUGAAAACAUGAUGAUAGGUACAAGGACAGAAUCUUUAAAUGCUUAUAUCAUGCAAAUAAAUGUUAUGAAGAGUAUGAUUAAUGUUUUUUAUUUUCAACCAGAGUUAUCAAUUUUAAGGAUGACAAAAAACUUGUCAGAAGGAACCAUCUACGUACGCUGGCAAGUUCAAGGUAUGCCACGUCUUUUAAAGCCAUUUUCAAUGUUUGGUAUAUUUGAUGAAAAACGUUUUUUUCGAUAUAUCGAUGGUUUCUCCAUUUUUUAUGUAUUAAAUGAUGGAUUGUACCACAGACAUAUUUUAACGAAAACGACACCUUUAAGAAAUGAAGAUGAUAAAAGUCUGGCGUCACAUUUUCUUUCGAGAUUAGGUUUACCUGAUCCUGCUUUGGAAAGUUUACCAAAGCAACCAACGCCAGCAUUUAAGAAACAUUUAAAAGGAUUGUAAUACGGAUUGACAUCGUCCUUGAUAUUUAAUGCAAUAUUUUGUUUACAAUAGACAAAAACAAUUGGUAACUAUAUAA